ACCUAAACCAAACAAAUACCUGCGUGACCAAGUCCACAAUUCUCUCUCAUUUUGCAAUGGCCAAAACACUCGAGAUCACACAUGUCUACCCUUCCACAGAUUCAUCCAAUUCCCUCUCCGACUUCUCUCUGCCGUUAACUUUCUGCGAUACCUUGUGGUUCAAAGCCUAUCCAGUAGAGCGUCUCUUCUUCUACUCUCUCCCACAACCAAAACAAACUUUCUUAAACUCAACAAUCCCAAAACUCAAAAACUCUCUCUCUCAAACCCUCCAACACUUUCUCCCUCUCGCCGGAAACCUAACUUGGCCUAUAGACUCUUCCAAGCCCAUCAUUCUCUACACCCCAAACGACGGCGUUUCUCUCACCGUCGCCGAAUCCAACGCCGCCAAUAAAGAUGAAGACUUUGACUUCCUCUCCGGUAAACAAGCGCGCAAACCGGCGUCGUUUCAUCCCCUCGUUCCGAAGCUUAAAGUUUCCGAAACAGGGGCUUCGGUGAUAUCCCUGCAAAUAACUCUGUUUCCGAAUAGAGGAAUUUGUAUCGGCGUGACGUGUCACCACGCCGUUCUCGACGGGAAAUCCACGACAAUGUUCAUGAAAUCUUGGGCUUAUUUUUGCAGAUCGGAAAAACAGGAUUUAUCGCCGGAGCUCACGCCUUUCUACGACCGGUCAGUCAUCAUGGACCCAGAUGGGCUCGACAUGCUGUAUUUGAACCAUUGGCUUGCAUUAUCCAAGAUGUCUGAUCCUAGAGAUGACCCAAAUCUGUUCCAGUUUUUCCCCACUUCGGAGUUAUCAUCCAACUUAGUCCGAGGUACUUUUGAGUUAACUAAAUCAGACAUAGUCAAACUCCGGCAAAAGGUGUUAUCCACUUGGGAAAAACUAGAACCCACAAUUAGAGCAACAAAACCCCAUUUGAGCUCCUUUGUUGUCACGUUCGCCUACGCGUUAGUCUGCAUUCUAAAGGUCGACAUAGAAGAAGAUGAGGAAACAAAUAAAAAGAAGACUGUCUUCGGGUUCACGGCCGAUCUCCGGAGCCGUCUGAAACCGCCGGUUCCGGAGAACUACUUCGGGAACUGCGUCGGAGCCCUUGCAAGCUUCGAGGACGCCAGAGAGCUUUUGAAGGAAGAAGACGCGUUCGCCGCCGCGGCGGUGAAGACCGGCGAGCUGAUAAAGGAGCUGGAGGAGAAGGAUGUCAUGGAAGGAGCGAGGGAGAUCCUGGCGAGAAUGGUUUCGGGGUUGUUGGAAGGGGCACGUGCCGUCGGAGUGGCGGGAUCGCCGAGGUUCGGCGUUUACGGCACCGAUUUCGGGUGGGGAAAGCCCAAGAAGGUGGAGAUUGUGUCUGUGGACAGGACCGGAGCCAUUGCCAUGGCGGAAUCGAGGGAUGGAAAUGGAGGCAUUGAGAUUGGUGUGGUUUUGAAUAAGCAUGAAAUGGACGUUUUCUCUUCUCUAUUUCUCUCUGGCGUAAAAAGUGCAUGACGCUAAAAACUAAAAAUAAAAAAUCAGAAUCUGUGAAGAUAAGGGGCGUAGAAAGUGCAUGACGCUAAAAACUAAAAAUAAAAAAUCAGAAUCUGUGAAGAUAAGGCGCAGCUGAAAAAUAUCUUUUAUGGUUCGGGAAAGACUCUAGAUGGAUGGCACAACCAUCAAGUAUCACGUAUCAUUGGGUGAUAUAUAUAUAUAUAUAUAUGCAAAGUCUCUGAAAAGUGCCUGAGAUGUACAAUUUAAAGAUUUCUUGUAUAUUUAC